AUGUUUAUUUACAAUCAACAACAACAAGUAGCCCAAAAUUCACUCCAACUAAUACAGCCUAAACCCUCAUAAGUACAUUCAAUUUAAUUCCAUUUAUUAAUUACAAUUUUUUUAUUCAUUAAUCAUUAAUAAAAAUAUAUAAUGUACAAUUUCAUUUUAUUUUUUUUACAUUGAAUACAUUGUUAUUUUAAAUUAAUUCCCCACUGCUGUCAAAUUUUAUUUACGCAUGCUUAAAGUUUUAAACAUAACCUCAAUAAAAAGAGAGUGAAAUACUUGACAAUUGUUUUAUUACAAUAAAUAUAAUCUUAAGAUUUAUUAUUUUUUUAUUUUACUAUUUACAAUAUAUUUUUAAUAUUUAUAUAACAACCAUGACAGAUGAAAGAAAUUUUCGUUCUUCGUAUUAUGAAAAGGUUGGUUUUCGAAGUGUUGAGGAAAAAAAAUCAUUAGAAAUAUUGCUAAAAGAUCGUCCAUAUGACAAAGCAAAAUUAAAAUAUUUUUGUCUUAGAUUUACUGUACCAGUAACACAUCGUAAUUUUGUAUGGAAAUUAUUACUAGGUAUAACACCAAUAUAUACUGAAAGUGAUGAAUUUAUUGCUAAACAAAGAAAAAUGGAAUUUCAUGAUUUACGUGGUGCAUUAAAUAAAACAAAAAUAGUCAAUGAAACAACAAAACCACAUCAGGUAUAUUUAACAAUGUGGUUAUUACGUACAAGAAGAGCUAAAAUUGAAAUGACAACACAAUUAGAAACACCAUUAUUUAGAUCAAUGAAUAGAAUGGCUGAAAGUUUAUGGCACAUAAUGGAAGGUGAUCAAAAUUAUGAUAAUAUGGUUGAUAUGUAUUGGAUACUACGUGGUUUUUUAGAUCAUAUUGAAAAUUUUCAUAAUGAUAUUAGAAAACUAUUUGAAUGUACAUUUACAUUAUUAGAUAAAGAAGAUACAGAUUUAUAUAAACAUUUGCUAAAAUUAGAUGCAUUAAAUAAUAUACCAUUUGAUGAUUGGUUUUGUUCUUGUUUUGCUGGUACAAUUAGCAAUACAUCAAUACCAAAAAUUUGGGACAAAAUUGCUGUUGGAGCUUAUAAAAUUUUAAUAUAUGUUGCUGUUGUUAUUUUGAUGACAUUUAAAAGAUCAUUGCUUCUCUGUGAGAGCAUGGAUGGAGUACUAGAUACAAUAACAUAUAUAAAUGAAGAAACUUCGGAACUUGUUGUUAAUAAAGCUAUUGAAUUGUGGCAACAAAGUGGCUCUUGUCCACAAAUACAAUCACAAUGAAUUAUUAUAAAAAAACAAAAAAAAUAUAGUUAUUUUAUUGUUAUUGGUUUUUAAUUUUGUUUUUUUUUUUUUCAAGUAUUUAAAUUUUUUUUUCAUUAUGAAAAUAAAACUUGAAUUUUAUAAAAAUAAAA